AUGGACAUUCUUGACAUUCAUCAAUCACUCAAGUAUCUCUAACAUAAUGGAGUUGGACUCAACAUUGAGGAAAGAAUCUAACUGGACCUUGGACUACAGCAGUUAUUAACACAUUAAUAUCCUAAACUCUUUGAGGAGCUCUUGUAUUGGGGAAAGAUAAUCGGCAUUAAUGCUGACUACCACAUCGCAGUAGGAAUCGACUAUAGCAAUCACUACGAGUUUCCUCACAAAAAAUUCUACUAUGCUCUCUCUACUAACUUCCAAUUCAAGCCAUUCCCAGCAUUGAAUGACCAGCAUAAAGAUGAAUAUAAUAAAAUCAAAACUUUAAUUCUUGGUGUUCCAGAUAAAGUACACAAGAUUGUUGAACCAGUCAAAUAAGAAGGUGAAGAGUAACAAGAAGAAAACCAACAAUAAGUCAAGGAAGUUGAUCCAUUGGCAUCUUCUGAAUCAGAAGACGAAGCUGCUAAAAUUGUACCAGUUAACCUAAAGGAAAUUGACAGAGUGCACUAUCUUGUCAGAGCAAUCGAAAAUGACUGUCACAUAAUCCCAUAAGGUUCUUUUAAGUUGACAAAUGCUCAUGAAGUCAAUAGAAAUGAAGCUUUUAGAGGUCUCAAUCUUGAAGAGGCUUUCAGAAUGAAUUCGUAUUAACACUUUAGAAAUGUUUAACAAAAAGACAAAAAGGAGGGCUUAGAGAAGGAUGACGCUAUCUUCAUUAAAAAUUUCCUUGAUGAUAUAACUGCCGACAAGCCAACUGGACAAUGGUCAGUGCAAAAAGACUCAUCAGGCAGAGUAGCAAUCUUAAGAAAUUUACAAUGGCCAGGAUUUUUUGCCUAUCACAAAGCCAAUAGCAAGAUAUAUGGUUCAGUCUACAUUGGAGAAGGGCUUAAAAACGCUGAUUUACCAUUCAUGCUAUGA